UAGUUCGAAUCUAAGCUUAUCACAGACACAUUCUACACUACAGCCAGACACUACAAAAAAAUAUAUGAAAAAAAUCCUAAAAUCUUCUUAACAACACAUAGACUACACUGAUUCCAUGGACACCGAGACAGAGAACCCCACAGAUGGAGCCGAGGCGAGGCCCACGACAAACGAGGCCAAUCCGGAGGUGGUCACAGAGAUUGCUGUAACAGUGGAAGUGCCUGAAGCUCCUGAAGGUCCUGCAGCUCCUGCAGCUCCUGCAGCUCCUGAAGCUUCUGAGGUUCCUCCCAGAGAAGAACAACAACUAACGGAACCUGAGACCCAAGCAGUUGAGGUACCCAUAGCGCUUAGAGAGGGAGCCGAUGAAGCAGCUGACGCAAAUGUAAAUGAGGUAUGGGAUAAGAGCGGCCCGCAAACGGAUGAGGAGAAGAGGGUGUCACGAAAGAUACGCUUGAAGGAGAAAAUUAAUUUGCGCUUUACGCUUGGCGAAAGCGAUCUUGUGGGCAACGUCUAUCCGGAUGAAGAGCAGGACGGCGAUGUGGAGGGUGAGAUAACCGAGUCUAGAGAUGCUCUGCCGACCGCAGAUGAUGAGCAACCGGAUCUUUCCGGUAAGCAAACAUCUGAGCAAGACAUGCUGGACGAAGAGAUCAAUGUCGACGACAUUUUUGGCGACGACGAUGUCGACGACGAUUUCGAUGAGCCCGAGGUGCGGGAGCCACCCAAAGGCGAUACAAUAAUGGCGAAGGCGAAUUUCCUUUCCUAUUUCGAGAUGCCAUCAUUAUCUGAUAUAUCCGAGGAGCAUGCUGUCGAGGAGCCUAAGGCGCACAGAGCAAAAUCCCUCAUUUCGCAAAUCAGUACGGCAACCGAUGUUGGUAAAUUUGUUAAUCCCGUCACCGGGUAUGUCGAGAGCGAGUCGACCAGCUCCUCGACCGAGAGCAGCAAAACGGAUGAUCUGGCCCUUGAUUUGGGCGGCGAAAGUGAUGAUCUUGACAUCGACUUAAUAGAUACUGAUUUCCCAGACUUUAAGGACGUCAAGCACAUCCAGCUGAGGGAAGAUGACGAUUUGGACGCGUUUGUUAAAUUCAAGAGUAGCUUCAUACGCGAUGAUGUCAUUUUUGAGGAUCCAGAUGAGGCCGAGGCCAAAAAAAAUAAACUGGAAAUACAUAAAAUAACAAUGGAUUUUCUACACGAAAUGUUCAACAAUGUGGUCAACGAAAUGGAAAAUCUUAACGAAUCCACAAUACUCCGAAAUAAACUGGAUAAGGCCAAGCUGAUGCUGACCCUAAUAGAUGUUACAAAUAAGUAUAGCGUUGAGAAAGAGAUCAAUGUUUAUAUCAAUCUGAAAAUGGCCGAUUAUUUCAAGCGCAUGAAAAACUAUCGUGUAUUCGCCAACUUGGAGCCAAACACCAAAGCCAAAGAGCGACUUCGCUAUUUGGAGUCUCUAACCCUGUUGGAUCACCGUGUUCUGGUCGCUGCAGAGACCAAGAAGAAGAACGCCAUACUUAUGUCCAGCGUAUUGAUGGAUCUUAGCUAUGUGCAAAACAUUGCCAGAUAUACCGAGGAGCAUCUGGAGGAGGUCAUUAUGCGUACGCUGGCCAACAAUAAAUCGGAUUUCAUGAAACGUAUCAUCGAACGUGAAAUGCGUCUCAUGGCCCAGAAACGCAAUGAGAUCAGCGACACGCGUCUCUUUCUAAUCACCAGGAAGCACACACUGGGACGCAUCGUAGAUAAAAUACACAAACUGGAAACAAUUAACGAGGAGCUCUGCAUGGACGACUUUAUAAGCAUUCAAAAUCAAGUAGUAGCAUUGGACAAAAAAAUCGAAGAACGCAACAAUGAGCUGAAGAAGCUGCGCUAUAAUUAUCACACCGAGCUGCAUCUGACGCAGCACAAUCGCGAGAAGGCCUUGGCGCUGAUCACCAAGCUGAGGAGCAAUCGGUUCACGAUGCGCAAGAUGCAGGACAAGCAGCGCCAUCUACGCGAAUCUCUUUACAAUGCGAAGCUGGAGCGCAGCACCAUACGCAAACAGAGCUCGGAUCUCAGUUUCCAGGGCGGACUCCUGUCCAUGCCGGCCCUAAUGCACGACUACGAUGAGACCGUGCAGAAAGUGAUGGACAAACAGGAUGUUGUCAAGGAUCUGAAGGAUACCUUCAGGCGUGUCAGCCAGCGCAUUAUCGAACUUGAAACACGCUGUACCUAAAUGCGAAGUGUCUUCUCAAAAAAUAAACAGAAAACCCAAGGAUUUUAGAUGUAUGCAAAGCUAAA